UAUUUCUUUCUUCCUCAAUCUUCAAACUUUGGGAAAGUAGAUGAAUUUUCCUUUUCAGGUCUCUCUUUUUUCUUUUAAUUUGGUUUGAAGCAGGAAUCUGGAGAUACAGUGAUGUCGAAUUCAAGACCUCUGAGUUUUGUUACCAAUGUGGGAGGAAGGAUACAAAAGGAAGAAGUCAAAUCGGCAAUGGAGCAGUAUGAGAAGUUUCAUGACUGUUAUGGGGGGAACGAGGAGACAAGGAAGGCCAACGCCGCCGACUUGUCAAAAAAGUACUAUGAUCUUGUAACCAGCUUCUACGAAUAUGGCUGGGGCGACUCCUUUCACUUCGCAAACAGAUAUAAAGGAGAGACACUUCGAGAAAGCAUCAAGCGGUAUGAGCACUUUCUUGCCCUGCAACUAGGCUUGAAAAGGGGAAUGAAGGUGCUCGAUGUGGGUUGUGGAAUUGGUGGACCACUGCGAGAAAUAGCUAGAUUCAGGUAACCUUUACCACUCCCCCUACUAGUUGGUC